CGGACGCUAAUAAGACCCAAUGGCUGGUGCAAGGUGGCCAGGAGCGCUGAAACGCGACAGAAGACGGUGGAAGGUCAGAAAGAGGAAAAAAAAAACCUCAGGAGUGACAUUUGUAGAUGGAUAAACGAGGAUGAGGGCGCCACAGCAGCGUACGUAGGAACUGUUGGGGAGUCUGUUGGGCUUUUGGUGUUUCUCGCUGAAGGAAAUGCGUGGAGAGGGACGCGUUGUCCUGAAGGCACAGUGAGCCACUGACCCCGGGAGCACUGAGCCCCCCCCCCCACCAAAUGAAGCAGUCCUGGUGGGCCCGCCUGGCACAGCUCAGCCUGCUCGCUGUGUGGACCUGCAUAUGGCUGGUCCAGGGAUGCGGACCGGGCCCAGGCUAUGGCAUCCGGCCCAGGUCCAGAAAGCUCACAGCCAUGCACUACAAGCAGUUCUUCCCCAACUUCUCUGAGAACAACCUGGGUGCCAGCGGGAGAGCGGAGGGCAAGAUCACACGCAACUCUGAACGCUUCAAUGAGCUUGUGUGCAACUACAACCCAGACAUUGUGUUUAAGGAUGAGGAAAACACCAACGCUGACCGCCUCAUGACCAAGCGAUGUAAGGACUGUCUGAACAGGUUGGCUAUCGCAGUGAUGAACCAGUGGCCUGGGGUACACCUUCGUGUGACGGAGGCCUGGGAUGAGGAUGGCCACCACCCUCCCGGCUCUCUCCACUAUGAAGGCCGGGCCGUGGAUAUAACCACAGAUGACAGGGAGACCGAAAAAUAUGGUCUUCUAGCCCAGCUGGCUGUGGAGGCUGGCUUUGACUGGGUACACUAUGAGUCUAAAUAUCACAUCCACUGCUCAGUGAAAGCUGAUCACUCUGUCACAGUGGAAAAAGGUGGCUGUUUCCCUGGCUGGGCCAGGGUGACUGUUGCCGGAGGGGGGCAAAAGAGCCUGUCCUCUCUAUCUCUCGGCGACAGAGUCAUGGCCCUGUCUGUGACAGGCCAGGUCGUGUUUAGCCAGGUCCUCUUGUUUCUGCACCAGGACCAUGAAAGCUGGUCCACCUUUCUGUCUCUGGAGACAGAAACUGGCCACAGACUAACCCUCACUCCACAUCACUUGGUCUUCUUAAGCGGCCAUUGCACACUUGACAGGAAUGAGUACCUGGCUCAGUUUGCCAUCAGAGCCAAAAUAGGAGGUUGUGUUCUCAUCCACACAGCAGAAGGUCAAGUGCACCCAUCUCGAAUCGUCUCAGUGUCAGUGAUGGAGAGUGUGGGAGUGUAUGCGCCCUUGACAGAAGCUGGGACUGUGUUUGUUGAUGGGGUGCUGGCAUCCAGUUAUGCACUGGUGGAGGACCACAGACUUGCACACUGGGCUUUUGGACCUGUGCGCCUCCUCUCCUCACUUAAAAAUGCCCUCUGGGGGGAGACAACACAAAAACAGCAGAGCACAGAGAGCGGAGCAGCUUACCCUAAAACUCCAUCAUAUUGUAGCACUUUGGACACUAAGGACGAAGCAGGUUUAUGUAUCAAUAAUGACAUUAUUAACAAAAGACACAAUCUGAGUGAACCUCUAACAGUGGAAAUAAAAAUGAAGCACUCUUUACAAAGAAAAACAUCAAAUGUGCACUGGUAUGCCAGACUACUGUACAGUUUAGGAUGUGGCUUUUUAGACUCACUCCAUCCUUAAAAGACUAUAGAUCUAAACAUUGCACUGAAUGUUACUGCUUUGAUACACUUACACAGAACUAUCUGUUAUUUCUCCAAUAAAUAAAAGAACAGAUGUUGCCUUCCUUUUUCACCAUUGCUUGCAUUGUAAUAUAUGACUGACGUGCAUCUUAAUACGGAGGAAAAUUUUUAAGGCUGUUAUAUAAGCAAAAAACAGAAUUGUCACUGUAAAUCGAUGUAAAAUGGUCACAUCAGAAGAAGUUACAUAGUCUAUAUGUACAGCAUAUUUCUCUGAAUUUCAGUUAUAUGUGUGGAAAAUUGUAUUCUACUGGGAUAGAAAUGAAUGUUCCCACAUCAGCAGAAUCUUUAUUUUUGUAUCUGAAUCAUAAUAUAUAACGGUUUCAUUUUGUUGGAAUUAUUUCACUACAUGUAUUAAUUUGUUUUCAUGUAAUAAAACAUUUUAAAAGCA